GGCGCGGCCCCAGUCGCGGCGGGGCCAUGAACGGGCUGCAGGGCUGGUGUGCGGUGCUGGACGUGCGGCCCCACGGCGAGAGCCCGGUGAGCCGCGGCACCUCGGGACCCUCCAACACCCAGACGUCUCUUUCCUUCUGGGAGACGGAGAGCGUGAAGGUGCUGCGGCUGACGCUGCCCAAUGACCUCCCGGGCGACAGGCGCGAGCAGGCGAAGCAGAAGCCGGUGGGAAAAGCCUUCGCCAUGGUGGCCAACAGAUCCAGCAAUGGUCACUCCUUGGCCUCUGAAUGCAUCAAAUCCAACGAUGGUGACGAGGAGAUCAUCAAGGUCUAUCUGAAGGCCCGGGCUGAGGGCACCAUGAACCAUGAGGAGCACGUCAACCAGCUGAAAAGCGAAGUUCGUUACAUUCAAGAGGCUAGAAGUUGUUUGAAGAAGCUGCGGGAAGACUUAAGUAGUAAACUUGAGAGCAGACAAGGAGAUAAACAGCACACACAGGUCAUGCUGGAGAAGCAGAACGGGAGCUGGCUGUGCCCCGAGUCCUGGGAGGAGCAGGAGGAUGAGUGCUCGGGUGAGGACGUGGAAAAGAUCCGGCAGACGGCAAAGAGGCUGUUCACGAAGCUGCAGGAGGCUGAGAGGCGGCAUCAGUUGGAAAGGAGAGCCUUUGAGAGGACAGUCUCGCAGUACCAGGAGGAAGCAGAGCAGACGAGCUCUGCCCUGCGGAGAGCGGAGAAGAGCGUGGUGGAGAAGGAGGUGCAGGUGGAUGAGCUGCAGAGGCUCCUGGCAGGGAUGGAGAAGGAGCACAGGAGUUUGCUGCUGAAGAUGAAAGAAGGCGAAGCAGAGCUGGCGAGGCUGAGGAGCGUGGAAGAUGACAAGCUCGCCGAACAAGACCGGUCAGCCCAGCUGGAGAAGGAGGUGGCCAUGCUGCGGGAGAAGAUCCACCACCUGGAUGACAUGCUGAAGAGUCAGCAGAGGAAAGUCCGCCAGAUGAUCGAGCAGCUCCAGAACUCCAAAACAGUGAUUCAGGCCAAAGAUGCCGUGAUCCAGGAGCUCAAGGAGAGAGUCGCUUACUUGGAGGCUGAGAACCUGGAGAUGCACGACCGCAUCGAGCACCUGAUCGAGAAGCAGGUCAGCCACGGCGGCCACAGCUCCCGCGCGCGCUCCAAGUCCGAGUAUGUGAGCAGCAAAAGGCUGACGGGCCCCAAGCCACUGCCUCUCAUUCGAGUAGUGGAAACAUGAGUUCCGAGGGCUGGUCCGAGCCAAAGACUCUCCCCUUGUUCUGGUUGACUGGAUUUCCCUGCUUGACUGCCAUCCCCUGUGCUCCCGGGGUCUCCUCAGAGGGCUGUGCCCUGGAGAGAGCUGUGGCAGCCGAGGGCAGACGGGGCCGGGGCCGGUCCUGGCAGAGGAAGGAGGUUUGGGGAGCACCCACGUGUCUGUGCCCAUGGGGUCCCGAGGUCACAGGGUGCCAGCUGGGAGGCCCCAGCGUGGGCACAGGGGCUCUGUGGCUGGGGAGCCGGCCUUGCUUGCCCUGGCCAGUCCUGGGGUUGCUCUGUGAGAGCUUCUGAAGGUCCUUGUGCAAACAGAGCUCCCCUUUUGCAGCUUGCCAACACGGACUCGGGCUUUAACCACCUGGUGUUUUGGUGAAUGAUUAAAAUACAAUAACAAUAAUUCACUCUGGCAAAGAAAAGAAACCCUCCUGCAACUGGGCUCCUUCCUGCAGCAGCACCCACUGCCUGGCAAGCUGGGAGCCUCCACCUCUGAUCUCCAGCACAUCUCUGGCUGCUCCGGACUUGGCCAAGGCUGAGGUGGCCAGAAACGAUCAGCCUCUGGCUGUGCUUUUCCUGAGAGCACAGAGAAAUUGUUACCCGGUGUCGUGUUUGAACCCAGAGGCUGUUUGGUUUGUUACCUGUAUUUAUUUCAAUAAAUUAUUGGUGUCUUCCACUGAUGUGGCCACAGGCAGGAGGGGGAGCACAGCUGAGAGCUGCCUGUGCCACGUUUGAACUGGAACAUGCCAGCCUGGCUGCCUGUCCUGCUCCUGCAGAGGAGUUUGGGUACAGGCACAGGCGAAGUUGUUGGUGUUUGUACUGACAUUGUUAAUACAACAAUACACGUGCCUUCAUCCCU